CUGCCACGUAGUAAGUAGUGGUUACCGAAAUUUAUUCUAAACCUUGUGUAUGUGGCGGAGCUAAAUCGUAAAAAGGGAAUCGUGUUGAAAGAGAUCUGAGAAAACCUCCAUUCAUCCCCCUUUGCUUGUGUGCUUCCUUCUCCAACCUUCAAACCUUUGACAACUGCAUCUUCAUGAAUUCAAGAAAUAUUGUGGCAUCCGCUGUUUCCUGUGAAUCGGGAAACAAGAACGACUUCCUCUGCUGGGUUUUGAUCUGCCUACUCUCUCAAUUUCUCGGUGCACGAAUUGCAUUUGUGAACUUCCAUUUAUUCAAGGCUGUUGAUAGAAGUCCUUCAUUUGUUCGCAUCUUGGAGUCUUUUGGAUAAAACCAUUUAUAGAAUUACCUGAUUUUUGAACCCACGUCUAUAGUUGUUGGUUUCAUUUAUCUGGAGAGAGAUGGUUACCUCCCAAAUCCCCAUUCCGACAAAGACUCGCACCUUCCUGGAUCAAUUGCUUAUUCCUUUUGGUCCUCCUGAUGUUGUCCACUCUGAGUAUGAUGAGUUUGACUUUGAUGAUGUAUUUGGCGCUGCACCAACUCAAGACUCAAUCGAAAUAAUUUCUGAGAAUUCAGUAUUCCCAAUGGAUGGGACCGAGUUAGUUUACGAUGAUCCAGAGGUUAUUUAUUGCCGAUCACGUUCAUUUGUGGGGCCAUCAUCAUGUGUUAGUCAUUCACUGAAGCUUAACAAGCUAACUUUACAUGACGUGGAGGAGUCAUUGAAUUUUGAAGAGUGUCUUAGUGGGGAACCAUUGGGAGAAUUUGACGAAACUUCUGUUAACGAGGAUGUUUUAGAGGAACCAAUUGAAAGUGUUGACUGUGACCCUAGUGAUGUCAAGGGUGUCGGACUUGAGGAUUUUGAGCUCAUGAAGGUAGUUGGGCAAGGUGCAUUUGCAAAAGUAUUUCAAGUGCGAAAGAAAGGUACAUCUGAAAUAUAUGCAAUGAAGGUUAUGCGUAAGGAUAAAAUCAUGGAGAAGAAUCACGGGGAAUACAUGAAAGCUGAGAGGGAUAUUCUAACAAAAGUUGAUCACCCUUUCAUUGUGCAACUCAGAUACUCUUUUCAGACUAAGUAUAGACUGUAUCUUGUUCUUGAUUUUGUGAAUGGAGGACAUCUGUUUUUUCAACUGUACCGCCAUGGGCUCUUCAGAGAGGACUUGGCUCGUAUAUAUGCUGCUGAAAUUGUUUUGGCUGUUUCUCACCUUCAUGCCAAUGGAAUAAUGCAUAGGGAUCUCAAACCAGAAAACAUUCUUCUUGAUGCAGAUGGUCAUGUUAUGUUAACUGAUUUCGGUCUGGCUAAACAAUUUGAAGAGAAUACAAGAUCAAACUCCAUGUGUGGAACUUUAGAAUACAUGGCCCCAGAAAUUGUUCUUGGUAAAGGUCACGACAAGGCUGCAGACUGGUGGAGCGUCGGAAUUUUGUUGUUUGAAAUGCUAACUGGGAAGGCGCCUUUCUGUGGUGGUGGCCGGGACAAGAUUCAACAGAAGAUAAUAAAGGAUAAGAUGAAGCUGCCUGGAUUUUUGACCAGUGAAGUACAUUCCUUGCUGAAAGGGUUACUGCAGAAAGAGGCGAACAAGCGCCUCGGAAGUGGUCCCGGAGGGAGUGAGGAGAUAAAGCGUCACAAGUGGUUCAAGUCAGUCAACUGGAGGAAAUUGGAGGCCCGAGAAAUCCAACCUAGUUUCCUCCCUGAAGUUGCCAGUCAACACUGCAUCGCCAAUUUUGAUGAGUGCUGGACAAAGAUGCCUCUGUUAGAUUCUCCAGCUGCCAGCCCAAAACCAAAUGAGAUGUACUUCAAAGACUUCACUUAUGUGAAGCCUGCUGCGACUCAUUUUUUUCAAAAGAAUGGCUCUUUCAACUAGGAUACACCCCAUCAUUCUCAUCCCAACCUUUGCUGGAUGAUACAUGUAGCUUCCAAUGUACUUAUUUUGAAUCCGUAAACUGUUGUUGUUUAAUAUCUACCUAGAUUUCAGAUCAUGUUGCAAGGCAGGUUACGGGAAUCUCUUUUAUCCCUUGCCUUCCUGCUCGUCUGUGUAAUCUUUAAACCAUCAAUGAAAUCCUCUCAGUGUUUUUUCA